UGGGUAGGCAUGCGCACUAGCUUCCUCUGACGUCACUGUAAUGGCGGCCGUGUGGUCGACGUUUUGAAAACAAGCAAGUUCUCCUCAAGAAUCGGGCUAAUUCCACACUUUCCUGCCACUUUUACCCGACUUUUCCUGACACGUUCGGUUCCAGAGUAGUCUAGCAAGAUGCAGGUCACGUUCAAAACGCUACAGCAGCAGACGUUCAAGAUCGAGAUUGAAGAGAAUGCGACGGUUAAGCAGUUGAAGGAAAAGGUGGAGGGGGAAAAGGGGAAGGAAUCUUUUCCGGCUGCUGGACUAAAGUUGAUCUACGCUGGUAAGAUCUUGCAGGAUGAUCUCCCACUGUCUCAGUACAAGAUCGACGAGAAGAACUUUGUUGUCGUCAUGGUGACAAAGCCCAAGCCAGCAGCCAAAGAGGAACCCCCCAAGGCAGAGGCAGCACCUGCUGCUGCACCUGCACCCGCACCCGCACCUGCUGCAGCUGCCACGCCCACGGAGGAGAAACCCAAGGAAGAGGAGAAGAAGGAAGAGAAGAAAGAAGAAGAGCAGAAGGAAACUACACCUGUACAGCCAAGUGAAAGUGCAGCUCCUACAACUGCAGCUUCUGGGUCGUCACUGGCACAGGCAGAGUCAACAUUAGCUGACAUGGCGCAGUAUGCCCCCUUCCAAAGUUGUGUUUCCCAGGGUCUCCCACCAGCGAUGGAGGUGCCUGCUGAAGCUGCACCCCCCGCCCCGGCAGCACCUGCAGCAGCUACUCAGGGCUCAGCUGCAGCUACACAGGGUUCGGCUGCGCCCGCCCAGGGAUCUGCCACCGACACCCCUCUUGCUGCACCUGCUUCAGCCGGCACCGCACCUGCACCGGGCUCACAGCCUGCACAGAACCCCCUGGAGUUCCUGAGGGAUCAGCCCCAGUUCAAUAACAUGCGGCAGCUGAUCCGGUCUAACCCGACCCUACUGUCCGCACUCCUGCAGAACCUGGGACAGUCCAACCCACAGCUUCUACAGCAUAUCAAUGACCAUCAGCAAGAGUUCAUUGAGAUGUUAAACGAGCCGGUAGAAGGGGAGGGGGGCGCCGCGGGGUCAGGACCCCCCGUCAUGGAACAGCUGCCCACGGGACAGAACGUCAUCCCAGUCACACCUCAAGAGAAGGAAGCAAUCGAAAGGCUUAAGGCCCUUGGGUUCGACGAAGGCUUAGUCAUCCAGGCGUACUUUGCAUGCGAUAAGAACGAAAACCUCGCUGCAAAUUUCCUCCUUUCACAAGGUGACGACGACCAACAAUAGCCAGUCGUCUUCAACGUUAGGAUAACCAAUACUAUUUUCGCUUUUCUAAGUACACAUAUGAUCAAACAAAAGGAAACAGAACCACUGGACGUUUUAUAAUCCUGGCAAGCUUAAGAAAAACUCUCGUCAACUGGUUAGCUACAAGAAAGUCGUAAGGCCACAAGAUGUCAUGCAUUCUGCUUCUACAACUGUCCAAUAUCAUUGCUCUGCAAUGUAUAUAGUGUAUAAGAUAUGCUUGAUGAUUCUGUUUUCAACAUUGUUAGAAACUACCGUCUCGAGAUGUCUUCUUGGCUGUUUCAGAAAGGAUAUUCCUAUGCUAGGAAAAGAUCUAAGAAAAAUGGAAUGGUGUCUGUUUGCCAUAUAAGUUUCCGAGCAUCCGAUAAUGUAAAUAUGUACACGUUCCACAGCGUUCUUCACAUGGUUUCUAGCUAUAAGACAAAACUUGUAGUCCCGAUGUUUUGGUCAUGUCAGUGCCUCUUGAUGUAUGUUAAGAGUCGUUUGCUUGCAAUUGUCAAAAGAUCUUCCUAGUUGGGGCAUAAGCUAUGACAAUAGUUGUAUAACACCAACGCAUCCGAUGAAUGCUUGUAGCGAAGAGAAAGCUGUAACCGGCACCAAAAAUAAAAAGCUUCUUAUACAGGGGAGGGAACAAUUUGAUCAGUGAAAUUUGCCAAAAAAAGCUACUUUGGGGCACCACAUCUUUAAAUAUGUGACACUUGUGUCAAGGGUUUUCAUUUUUAAGAAAGAGUUUAAGACAAAUUGAUACUUGAAAAGGUUUUGAAGGGGUAGGGGAAUGGUUGUGCAUGUAGAAAAGUAAAGCUAAGAACUUACAGCACCUAAAUUUGGGUUAUAAUAUAUUUAUGACUUUUAGGGUAGCACUGUUCAAGAUUCAGUAGCCUGAUAAGAAUUGUUUUGUUGUUAUACAAUAAAUGGCAAUGACAACUUCUACCAAAGUUUGAAUUACUAUAUUUCCAGCUGCUUCCUUUUGUUCCUGCUUGUUGAAUGGAAUUUCCUUUUUUAAAAGAAAAACGAUAUUAAAGUUAAAAGCAAGUAGGGAUCCAUACACAGUUACAUGUUUGCCUUUGAGAUAUGUAUUAUCUGUUUUGAGGAGUUAUUCUGUAGCAAACAAACAAAACAUGCUUUGAUGACCAACAA